CACGCAGGCCCCACCCCGGGCCCGCGCUUUGCCUUCUUCAGGCUCCGCCCCUGCCCCUUACUCCAGACCCUUGGCGGUUGAAGGAGUAGAACCACCAGCUCCCCGCCGGGUCCAGCCGACACCUCGAAGCGAGAGAGCAACAUGGCAGCUCCAGCUAAGAACGAGAACCUGUCCCUGGUGGUGCACGGACCCGGAGACAUUCGCCUGUGGCCAGAAAGCAGUGUUGGAUCCUUUGCCGCUGGAGCUUCAGGCAUUUGUAAGCAGCCUAACGUGGAUGCCAGAACCUGAACUCUCGUCCUCUGCAAGAUCAUCACACAGUCUCAACGGCUGAGCCUGUCUCUGCAGUUACCAAGGGUUGAUCUUCUUAAGGAGAACUACCCAAUACCUGAACUGGGCCCAAAUGACGUGUUACUAAAGAUGCACUCGGUGGGGAUCUGUGGCUCGGAUGUUCACUACUGGGAGCAUGGCCGAAUUGGAGAUUUUGUUGUGAAAAAGCCAAUGGUGCUUGGGCAUGAGGCUGCUGGAACAGUCACAAAAGUAGGAGCGUCGGUGAAACAUCUAAAACCAGGAGAUCGGGUUGCCAUUGAGCCUGGUGUUCCCCGAGAAGUAGAUGAGUACUGCAAGAUUGGCCGAUACAACCUGACACCAUCGAUCUUCUUCUGUGCCACACCCCCAGAUGAUGGGAACCUCUGCCGCUUCUAUAAGCACAAUGCUGACUUCUGCUACAAGCUUCCUGACAGUGUUACCUUUGAAGAAGGGGCCCUGAUUGAACCUCUCUCUGUGGGGAUCUAUGCCUGCCGGCGAGGUUCAGUUUCCCUGGGGAACAAGGUCCUUGUGUGCGGAGCUGGGCCAGUUGGGAUGGUCACUUUGCUUGUGGCCAAAGCAAUGGGAGCUUCUCAAGUGGUGGUAACUGACUUAUCUGCUUCUCGGUUGACCAAAGCCAAGGAAGUUGGAGCAGACUUUACCAUCCAGGUUGCCAAAGAGACCCCUCAGGAAAUUGCCAGUAAGGUGGAAAGUCUGCUGGGGAGCAAGCCGGAGGUUACCAUUGAAUGCACAGGAGCGGAGUCCUCGGUCCAGACGGGCGUCUAUGCCACUCGCUCUGGUGGGACCUUGGUGAUUGUGGGAAUGGGUUCUGAGAUGAUCAGUUUACCCUUGGUGCACGCAGCUGUGCGGGAGGUGGAUAUCAAAGGCGUGUUUCGAUACUGCAACACGUGGCCGAUGGCAAUCUCCAUGCUUGCGUCGAAGACUUUGAAUGUAAAGCCCUUAGUUACCCACAGGUUCCCAUUGGAGAAGGCAGUUGAAGCCUUUGAAACAGCCAAAAAGGGAGUGGGGCUGAAAGUUAUGAUCAAGUGUGACCCCAAUGACCAGAACCCCUAAAUGUGAAUUGAUCUAUGCCCUCAGCCCAUUCUCUCAGCAUCUAAGGGCUAAAUGGCUAGAAGGGGAGGCCAUUAAUGCAGAACUUUCUUUUGAAUGGUAAAAAUGAUAAACCUUAGAGGAGUUGUCGUGCCUUAAAGACAGAAGUAGGGACACCUUGGGAAAACUUGUAGCCAGAAUGAGAUGCUUAUACUAAGGAAAGUCUAGCACAAAGAGUCUGGAAGAUUGGCCCUGGGGAUGCCCUUUCUCUAGUACCUUCUUUGGGUGAGGAGACAUGCCUUUGUCUACGUUCCACUGUGACUGCCAGAGAGUGGGGCUGACUUAUGAAGAAACGGCUUCAUUAACAUGGAAGUGGCCCCAGGGCUGAACUUUAGGUCAGCUGUUCAGAGCACGGGGUUUCUCAAGCUAAAUGUCCUUUAUUUGAGGGGAAUAAGGAACUUCUGGAUCCGAGCAAGGACCUGAUCAGAAGAAUAAGACAAAUCCCAGAUGAGGUGCACUAGAUUACAUUCCCCAGAUGUGGAAAGAAUCAGGGCACUCAGCUCUGCCCAAGGGCCACCUCUGUCUCAGCUCCUAAGGAUUCUGUCCUUACAUUUGCAAAGUGGAGGCCCGCCUCCCAACACUGUUCAUUAUUGAGCAUGAGUGGUACCGGUUGCUAGGCAACCAGGAGAUUUCCACCCAAAGGUUUCCUGCCUAACUCAUACAAGAGGGCCACAGGGGGGCUUGAGUUUCCCACUCCAGGCUUAGAACUCCUCUCCCAGGCUCGUUCCCAGGCAAUUGUUUUCCCAUUCCACUCAGUUCUGGCUAUCAGGAGAUGCUCCCCUUCUCAGCUGGGUAAGGCUGCUGACAUCUGCUGGAUGGGUACCACAGCGUAAUUUCAUCAUGGGGCUUUUCCUUAUGAGAUUUGGGUCCAAAGCACACCCUUUGCGAUCUUAAGAUAAUCAAGAAGUGCACAGAAACUGUGAUGUAGCUUGGCUGCAGUCUGUAAUUCACCUCUUCAGCCAUGAGUAGGGGACAUGUGAAAAAAACAAAGACUCUGCUGGAGAAGGUCAUGGCCAAAACCUAAGCUUUCUCAAACUGCUUCGCAUUAAUAAACUGCCGCUGGUGUCGGA